CCACCGUUGCCACCGUCGCCGCCCCCACCGCCGUCGCCGCCGUCGCCCGCUGCCCCCGAGAGCCCCGGGCUGUCCCCGUCUGAGCAGCCGUCGGAGGCCCACGCUCGGCAGCUGCUGCUGGCGGAGUGGAGGCCGCCGGGCGGGAGCCUGCAGCUGCCUCCGGGCGUCACCUGGACGCUGCUCUUCCUGCGGCGGCCGCUCUACCGCAACCUGCUGCGCUCGCCCAACCCCGAAGGCAUCAACAUUUAUGAGCCAGCACCCCCUACUGGACCCACAAGACAGCCCCUGGAAGCUCUGGGCAACUUCCGUGGGUGGUUCAUUAGGACUGAGCAGCUCCAGCACAACUGCAGCUGGACGGUGAAGCAUCAGUGUGUGGAUCUGCUGGCCGAGGGCCUGUGGGAGGAGCUGCUUGACGAUGAACAGCCAGACAUCACGGUCAUGGACUGGUAUGAGGACAGCCGGCUGGACCAGUGUGUCUAUGAGCUGCACGUCUGGCUGCUGGCCGCUGACCGCAACACCAUCAUUGCUCAGCACCACGUGGCGCCCCGGACCUCUAGGAGGGGCCGCCCUGGCUGCUGGUUACAGGUGUCCCACGUGUUCCGCCAGUACGGCCCUGGCGUGCGCUUUGUGCACUUCCUGCACAAGGCCAAGAACCGCAUGGAGCCUGGUGGCCUGCGGCGAACCAGGGUGACCGACUCCUCCGUGUCUGUGCAGUUCAGGGAGUGACGAGCUGCUGCGGGUCUGUUCUGAUCCCUUGUCUCAUCUCCCUACCUGCCUCUCAGCACCUCCCUGACCCUUAGCACCACCCUGUUCUCUCAGCACCUCCCUGACGCUCAGUACCACC